AAAAAUUUUAUCCUCAUAAUAUAAGGUUUUAACCAACAACAACUCCUUUUCCAGGUUACUUACCAGGUGAAACAAUCAAUUAGAUCUCAAAACUGGUUGAUUAUACAUUUACACAUUUCGAUCAUUAAUCGUUUGUUACUUUCCUUUUGGUUUUUGGCUUUUAAGUGACCUUUUUUUGGGUUUUCUGUUUUUUUUCUUUUCUUUCACUUCAUUCUUUUACUUUGGGUUUCUUUUCAAGUUCAUCUAGCGCUUGAUCGUUUGUCUGUUUAUUUGCCUGUUGGUUUUGUUUGUCAGUUGAUCCUGCCAACACCCUCUUUUGCUUCUUCUUCCAUUACCUGGCAAUAAACAAAUAAGAAGAUUGACAUCUUUUUUCUUAUAUGAUUCUACAGUGAUUACUUGUUUAUUUAUUUAUUUUUUUAGGUUCUUUCUUUCUUUUGCUUGAUCAUGUCGGUAUCCAGCCAGCAGAAUACAACUAAUGUUGUUCCUCAGUCUAGUUCAAAAAGACGUUUGUCGCUAUUUUCAUUUGGUCUGACUUCGUCGACUCUGUCGAAAAAUUCCACUAAGAUUGAUUCGGCAACUUCUCCUAAUACUUGUACUAACAGAAAUAAGAGUUCUCCUUCUCCAAAUCAUCCAAUGACUAAUCCUUCCACUAUAAAACAACACGAUUCAACUGCUAAUUCGAUUAAUACUCAAUUAGAUUCUCCAAUUAACUCUCCAGAUUUGGAAAAUAAAAAUGUUUUCAAUAAUAAUCCAGAAUCAAACAUUUUUGAAAGAAGCGUUCAAGAUUUCCAUUUUGAUCAUCCUCAAAAUCGUUCAAAUUCUUUUAAAUUAAGAAAUGGACAUCGUGGCUCUUCAGCUUCUUUGAAAUCAAAUCAACAUAUUUAUCCUUUCCCUCAAAUCAAAAAUGAAGAUUUCAUUCCUCCUGCCCUUGAUGCUACUACUUCAAUCUUGAAUAAUAAAGAUACUAAUUUGGAUGAUGUCGAAGUCAUUUAUUCUAAUAGACGUAGCUCUUCAGUUAUUGGUUUAAAUAUGGCUUUAGGUAAACCUUUCACUCCUUCUCGUAAAAAUUCAACUUAUUCAAUUAAUCAACAAUUAAGAGAUUCUACAUUUGAUUCCCCUCAAAUUCACCAAAAUCAACAACCUCAAUCCCCAGUUACUCCUCCAAAAUUAACUAGUUCAAAAUCUUCAGUUAGUUUUUAUUCUUAUGCUGAUAUGAUUAAUAAUGAUGAAUUUUCAAGAAGACCUUCUUUUAAACAAUCCUAUAGUCAAGGUAUUAUUCCAACUACUGGCCGUAAACAAUCGAUUUCUUCUAACAUUGGUCCUUCUUCUCCCGCUGUUUCAACAAAUAGUGGUAGUUAUUUCCCCAAAUUGCAUAAACCUUCAAAACUGUCUUCAAGUCAACUUCAACCAAAUCAACCAAAUCAUCAAUCUCAACUUUCAAGACAAUUUUCAAUAAGAGAAGGUAAAACUUUAGGAAGUCCUCCGUUAUCUUCUUCAAGUCAAAUCCCAAAUUCAUCUAAUUCAACCCGUCCAACUUCAAUGGCUUCAACUAGUUCAAAACUUCCUAUAAAUGAACCUUCAAGUAAUAACUUGAAUAAGUUUUUAAUAAGCCCAGAAUCUUCAGAUCUGGAGGAUCAUGAAGUUUUUUAUCCAGCAUUGAAUACUUUGAGUAAAAGAAAAAGUUUAAGUUCUUCUAAUUCUCAAUUUGGUCCUCCUUCAAUUAAUGAUAAUGAAAGUUUGGUCUCAAGCUCAAUUGCUGAUUAUAUUAGACAAUCAACAACAGAGAUUAAUGGACAUUAAAUUUCAUUUCCUUCACCUCAAUUAAUUACUACUUGUACUUUUAGCUCAAUAUUUGUGUUAUAGGCCUUUCCCUCCUUUUCCUUUGCCUUGCCCUUUUAGUUCAUUCCUGACAAUUUAUUUUGUUUAUUUGCGUUGUUUUUUCCCUUUUUUUUUUGCUUCCUUCAUUCAAUUCAUCCCCAUGUUUCGCAUGUAUAUUUUAUUUCAAUCUUUGACUUCAUUCAUUCUCAUUGUUCCUUUCAUUUAGUUAUUCGCCCAUUUAAAUGAUGAAUUGAAUCAAAGGUUGAAAAUUAUUAAAAAAAAAUUAAAC